AUGGGAGACGUAACUCAAGCAACGCAACAGACAAAGGAGCUCGGAGCUCCGUCAAUUAAAUGUCCAAUGCUAUCGACCACAAAUUACACUGUGUGGGCGAUGAGGAUGAAGAUCUUACUUCGUGUAAGCGAAGUAUGGGAUACGAUCGAGCCAGGGAUUGACGAUCCAAAGAGGAAUGAUGUGGCGACAGCCCUGCUCUUCCAAUCUAUCCAUGAGUCACUUAUUCUGCAAGUCGGAGAGCAAGAUUCCGCAAAGAAGCUGUGGGAUGCAAUCAAAGCGCGUCAUCAGGGAGCAGACCGUGUGAAAGAAGCUAGAUUGCAAACCCUUGUAGCAGAGUUAGACCGAUUAAAGAUGAGUGACUCAGACACGGUUGAUGAGUUUGCAGGCAAGAUAUCAGGGAUUGCAGCUCAAUCAGCCUCGUUAGAAGAAACAAUCGAGGAGACUAAGUUGGUUAAGAAGUUCUUAACAAGUCUUCCUCCACACAAAUACAUUCACAUCGUAGCUUCCCUGGAGCAAGUUCUAGACCUCAAAACAACGGGCUUUGAGGACAUAGUCGGACGCAUAAGGCAUACGAAGAUCGAGUAG